AUGCGGGAGGAAACGCACAACACCCCCACCAUCUCUGCUGCAACAUCACAAGGGAGGAACAAUAACACGCCGCAGUCUGUCCUCCUCAUUCAUUCUUUUUAGGCUGUUGCGGAGCAGCGGAGGGUGUGAGCAGCUCAGAGGAGGAGGCAGGGAGGGAGACCGACAGAGGGAAGAUGUCCUCCCCGCAGGUCUCCUCAUCCCGCAGACAGUCGUGCUAUUUAUGCGACCUGCCCCGCAUGCCCUGGGCCAUGAUAUGGGACUUCACCGAGCCCGUGUGCCGGGGCUGCGUCAACUACGAGGGCGCGGACAGAAUCGAGUUCGUCAUCGAGACGGCGCGCCAUCUGAAGCGGGCUCAGGGCUUCCAGGACAGCCGGUCCUCUGCAGGCGGACUGCCCGCGCAGCAGCAGUCCGCUGCCGCGAAGAGCCAGGCGGUUUUACUGAGCGGGAAGGAACCUCUGGGGCAGCUGAGCCACUACCAGGCGGAUGGACAAGGGAAGUCCCAGCAGCCCAGUUUGGACCGAUACGCACAGGUAGCGGAUGGCCGGGCUCGGUUUGACUACUCGGUGCACAGCUGCAGCAGCAGGCCGCCCAAUGGAUUCGGGGGGCUGAACGGCUUUAAGACAGAUGACGGACCACCUGAGCUGAACCGGCAGAGUCCAAACUCCCGGAGCAAAAGCAACGGUGGGCUGGUGUCGGCACCAGCCCAGAUGACCGUACCGCCGAACCUCAUGCCUCAGACCGGAAUGAACGGACCGACUUCGCACAGCUUGGCGGGCAGACCCCCUACCAGCUCCAUGGUGGUCGUCUCUCUGCCCGGCCAGGCGGGACACUCCGAGCUGGGUGGAAAGCGACCCGCCUCCGUGUCGAGCACCGACCAGGACCGGGAAAUGAAGGAGAAGCAGCGGAACGCGGAGGCUCUGACUGAGCUGAGCGAGAGCCUGCGGAACCGACAGGAAGACUGGGCGAGCAAACCGAAACCUGUGCGGGAAACGCUGGUCCUCCUCUCCGGGUGCACACCGUUUGAUGUCCGCUUCAAGAAGGACCACGGGCUGGUCGGCAGGGUUUUCGCUUUCGACGCUGUUUCCAAAACCGGGAUGGACUAUGAGCUGAAAAUCUUCAUUGAGUACCCAUGCGGCUCCGGGAACGUGUUCUCCAGCGCCUCGGGGGUCGCCAAGCAGAUGUAUCAGGACUGCAUGAAGGACUUCGGCAGAGGCCUGUCCUCUGGGUUUAAGUAUCUGGAGUACGAAAAGAAACACGGGUCCGGGGACUGGCGCCUUCUCGGAGACUUAUUGCCGGAGUCUUUGCGCUUUUUUAAAGAGGCAGUGGGGGAGGAUAUGCUGCCGCAGCCUUACAUCGACGGCAGCUGCCCGCUGCUGCCGACAUCACUCGUUCUUCCAGGUCGAGCUUCAGCUUCCGGCAGUGGCAGCAGCAGCACCAGGGCCGCAGCGAGGAAGAGAAAAGCCUCCCCGGAGCCGGACUCUGCUGAGGGCAGCCUGAAGUUGACGGAUGAGCAGCAGAGGCAGCAGUGGAUCAACAGCCAAGCUGAAGCGCUCAAACUCUCGAUGGCUGCGGGCUCGUUUGCUGGGCCUCCGCCCCCGCUGACCCCUGGGCACCCCGGCGUCUCUUCCGGCCGCGCCACCCCUCCAGACGCAGCGGCCCCUCAGAACAGGCAGUCCCCGAUGGCUGCGCUUUUGUCAGUGGCAGACACGUUGGGGAACGCGUACUCUCCCAACAAAGACAGAGACUCUGUUCACUCCACCACUUCCUCGUCGAGACAUAAUAGCAGCAGCCCAGUGUCUCCCCCUUCCGUGUCCGGCCAGAGGCGCCUCUCCUCACGGACCGGAGACACCGGGCUGUCCGCAGCGUCGCAGUCCGCCGGUGCCAUGGACCAGCUCCCGUCUCAGAGCGUGCCCGAUUCACCGAUGGCCAACAGCGGACCUUUGUGCUGCACUAUCUGCCACGAACGCUUAGAGGACACGCAUUUUGUCCAAUGUCCCUCUGUCCCCAACCACAAGUUUUGCUUCCCGUGCUCCAGAGAGAGCAUCAAGGCCCAGGGGGCGUCUGGGGAGGUGUACUGCCCCAGCGGGGACAAAUGUCCCUUGUUGGGCUCCAACGUGCCCUGGGCUUUUAUGCAGGGGGAAAUCGCAACCAUCCUGGCUGGAGAUGUGAAGGUUAAGAAGGAGAGGGACCCGUGAGGAGACUGAAAGAGGACCCUUAAUGUCAACCUUCCUGAUGGAGAGAAAAAGUAACAUAUCAUGACCACACAGUGGUUCUGCUGCUGAGCCUCAAAAAACCAUUUUCUACAUGAUUAGAGAAAAAUACAAAAAAACAAACAAAAAAACCCACACAAAACAAAUAAAUGAAAAUAAUAAAAUCAGUUUGCUCAUAAUUUUUAGAUCAAUGCAUUUUAGUUACCUAAUGAAGCUGCUUCUCUGACAGUUUCAGCAGAUGACACAAAAAUGACUUUUGCUAUCAUGAUUAAAAUAACUUUGUAGGUUGUUUUUGUUGUUUGAAUGAAAUCUGUGUGUCAAUGUGCUUUUUAUCUCACAUUUUGUUUGAGCAAAUCUGUUGAAACAAAAACAAAAAAUUCACCAGGUUUUUUCAAACUUAAACAAUGACGUUUUGCUUUCUUUAAGAAAGCACCUAAACAGUUUAUGAAAUACUAUGUACCAAUGAAUGAAGUUGUAAUAAUUCUUUUAUCAUGUCAUAUUUGCAGGAUAUCUGUUUAUUGGUGCUUUACCUUCCAACACUUUAAAUAUAUACACUAUAACAGAUUUCCUGUUUAAAAUGUGGUGUUAGUACUAUUACUGCAGUGAAGGACCUAUUAACCCUUCCUCCACUACUUUGUAUACAUGUUAAUAAGUAUAUAAAGAGUGCUUGGAUGUUUAGAUUACAGUAUAAAAAUAAAGGUGGAGUUUGGUAGUGAAGACGGUUGACUUCCUGUUUCAUAUUAGUAUUCCUCUCCAGUUGGUUCUGCUGUUAUCCUGCAGUAUUUUAAUGGAUCAGAAAAGCUCUAAUGUUCUUGUAGCGCUGCUCCAAACUUACUGGGUGGUGAUGUGUUGAUGUCUGACUGUCUCUGCUGGAGCUAAGGCAAAAACAAAAGACCAAAUUAGAAAAUGACUCCAGAAAAGAGCCUGGUAAAGAAGUAAUAGUUUUGAGUGCAGCGUUGUGAGGGAAGACUGCUGAGGAUUUUGCACUGGUUACCUAUUCCAACAAUGUUAAUUCAGACAAAACCAUGUAAAAUAUUCUAAAGCUCCUACUUUUUUAUUUUUUAUUUUUUUAACAUUACCUGAAGAAUAUCCUAAACAAUCUUCCUUCAUUUACUGCCAUCUGUGGUAAAAGAGGAAAUAUUUUCUUUGUUCAGAAAAAUAUUUUAGGGUUCUGAGUGGUUUAUGUUCUGUUGCACAAACCACCACAACACCUUAGGAUCAGUGAUAGAUUUUUAAAGAAACUAUUUGUUGCUGCUGUGUGUAUGUGGUUCAUGCUCCUAUGAGAUAUGACUAGAACCCCAGGACUUUGUCCCAGUCAUGGCUGCUCAUCUCCUUCCCUUUCCGCCGAAGUAAUAAAACACCAAUGUCUGCGUCAGGUUUCCAUGACUCCCCUGAAAGUUUAAAGCAUAGUUGCUGGAAUAAAAAUGUUUAUCAUUUUAUUGCUAAAAUCAUCUGUUUUAAAUCCCUGUUAGAGGAUUCCUUUUCUCACUCUAUGAAGAGCAAGAGUUGGGCUGAGCCCCCUACUGUAGGAGAAGCUGUGUGUGUAGUGGGAGGGGCUACUGCUGUCAAUAACCCUGUUUUGGACUUUAUAGUGGAAAGAUGGUUCCAGAUUUUAUAGUGAAAUGCACCUUAAAAUCCUUAAACCUCAUUUUAAAGAUUUUUCUUUAUUAAUUUUACUAUUUGCAAUUUUAUUGUGAAAUAAUUAAAGAAAAGAUUUUUAAUUUAUAUAAUUUAAGGGUUAAACAGGCGCAAUUAAAGCAAAAUGUAAAUCACUACAGUCCGUCCAUAAUAUUAAUCUAAAAAAGGAAGUGGAGAGAAUAUUUGACAUUUUUUUCUGCUGAAUUUCUAAAGUGAGUUAAUUCCUUUCAAACUGUAAAUUAUUUAUAUUGUCUAUUCACCAGAUUUUGAAUUUAAAAAACAGAAAUGUAUUAGCGUCAUAACAAGUAUCCUCAUACUUUAUGAAUUUGAAUGGAAAAUCAAUAUUGAUGUUGAUAAAUUUCAAACUUAUGACAUAAAGAGCCAAGUCAUUUUUAAAGACUGCAUGUGUAAAUAAUUUAACAAAUGUACUUUUUUUUUUUACCUUUAUCCAAAUCUGCUGUUUAAAGGAAGAAUUUUUCAGUAAGAAAAUAUUAAAAUUCAUAAUUUAAUUUAAAAAAAAAUAAAUGUGUACAUCGAAAUAUUGUUUUUAUAGGUAAAUGAAGAGUUUGGAUAGGUUAUAAAUGACCAGUUUUGGGUGGAUUUAUCCAUACGGUACAGUCAGUCUUCCUUUUCCCCAGCUGACACAUCUGAAUGAAAUCGUCCAGGACUCCUCUCCACACCCAGAGCUGAGGUUGUAGCAGAGGCACAGUGAAACAUAAAUGUUCCACAUGCUAAUGUCUCAUAAAAACUCAUCGAACAAAGUAAAAAAAAAAAAAAAAAGAAAGUGGUUGUGUUUUAUGGAGAAGUGUUAUCAGUGAUGUCUUUGGAGAGCUAGACAGACUUCAUCACAUCAUAACGGGCUGUCAAUAAGCUUAAUGAUUUCAUUAAAUUUUUUAUUCCAACUGUUUAGUCAUUUUAGUAUGUUUUCAGUUAGUCCUAAAACAGUUUUGUACAUUUGGGAAUCUGUUCUGUAUUACGGACUGUGUCUUUUUGUUAUGCCCUUUUCUGUCGUGAUGCAUACAUAUGAUGAAACUAACACAUUUGAUAUUGUAAUGUGCCUUGGGGCUGAGUGAGUUCUAAUAAAUUCCAUUGGAGUAAAGUUUUCAUUGAAA